AUUCGCCGAACACAUCACGUGUGAGGGCUAGCCAGCCGUAUCAUGAAUCUUAUCCCUGCCAUGGUCUUCUUCUCUGACUAGUUAGAUAUCACUCCAAUAGCUUCAAAAAUUCUUAGGUCCAAGUGCAUUGAUAAAUCGGUAUAUAUACAUAUAUACAUACAGGGGUAAACACGGAGGACGUAUACGCAGCGCACACCGGAGUAAGUAUACUGGACUCACUACAGGAUGAGGAAGCUCGUCGUCGUCUUCUUCCUCUGCUCUCUCCUCUCGGCCACAGCCACCGCCGAGCCAUCCCCGGACCCAACCAACAAGGACUGCCACCCAGGCGACAAAUCAGCGCUCCUCGCCGUCAAAUCCGCCCUCGGCAACGCCUACCACUUCGCGUCAUGGACGCCCUCCACCCCGUGCUGCGACUGGUACAACAUCCACUGCUCCCCCACCACCGGCCGCGUCGUCAGCCUCGCCGUCUUCCAGGACGCCAACCUCACGGGCACCAUCCCCAACGCCAUCGCUGGGCUCGCCCACCUCGAGACCCUCGUGCUCCACCACCUCCCGGCUCUCUCCGGCCCCAUACCGCCGGCGGUCGGGAAGCUCUCCAACCUCUCCAGCCUCACCGUCUCCUGGACCGCCGUCUCCGGUCCCGUCCCGGCCUUCCUCGCCGCGCUGAAGAAGCUCACCUUCCUCGACCUCUCCUUCAACUCGCUCACGGGGAACAUCCCGGCGGCGUUGGGGACCGUCCCGGGCCUCUCCGGCAUCAACCUCAGCCGCAACCGCCUCACGGGCCCCAUCCCGGCGGCGCUCCUCGGUAAUAACUCCUCCGCGGACCAGGUCUACCUCUGGAUGUCCCACAACAACCUCACGGGCCCCAUCCCGGCGGAGUUCGCCGCCGUCAGAUUCGCGCAUCUCGACCUCUCCCGCAACGGCCUGACUGGCUCCGGCGGCGGCGCGGCGGGGCUCUUCGGCCAAGGGAAGGAACUGCAGUACCUAGAUCUCUCACGGAACGCGCUUGAUUUCGACCUGUCGGCGGUGGUGUUUCCCGACGGGAUCUACUUCCUCGACGUGAGCCACAACGCCAUCCGCGGCGGAAUCCCGGCGCAGGUGGCGGAUUUGGGGAACCUGCAGUUCUUCAAUGUCAGCUACAACAGGCUCUGCGGCCAGGUGCCUGCCGGCGGGAACAUGGAGAGACUUGAUGUCUACAACUUCCAGCAUAACAAAUGCCUCUGCGGUGCUCCCCUCGCUCCCUGCAAGAAGUUGUAAAAUCCAUCUGACCGGCCGUCUGACUGACAGAGCGACCAAGUGAAGUGUUCAUAUGGAUUCAGUUAUGAAAUAAAGCCAAGAUGGUUAAUUAUGUCUUUCGGUGUAUCAGUGAAGUUGUCGGCUAAUUUUUGUCGGUCAGUAUAAAAUCAUCUGGCCCGGCUGACAGAGCGACCAAUUUCUUUGUGAGGGUCUUGCAAUUUCGGAGUACUUGUUAAUGGACAUCAUGAGACACCUGGUCUAACAGAGAAAUCUGUUUUUUGGAAGAUCAGACAAAAUUUAUUUCUCAGAAGUCAGAAGCGAAGUACAUAGUGCAGUGUGACAUUGAACACGAUAAUGAAUUGCAUUACAGGUAAAACAGGGCAAGAGGAAGCUCUGUGUGCAGAGUUUUAUGCAGGCUAUAGAAGGGUUGGAAGCUUUGUCUAAACGCCUGCCUCUAGAAGAUAAAUUAUGAGACACAGUGUUGCAAUCUCUAGAUACAUGCAGAAUGACGUCAGAGCCUUGAGUUUCAUUAAAGAUCCUGUCCAGAAGGGGUUAAGCUCCCAAUGACCUGUGUGGCCUUGAAGAUUUUUUUUGAAACGGCCUUGAAGAUGUCUUGAGGUCUUGAAGCUGCUGCCUGAGCAAGGAUGAGAUUGUCUGUUAAGAGAGCUCCACUUUGAAGAUUCAGAUUCCUCUUGAUGAAGGCAAAUGCUCUGGUUAAGAAUGUAAAGAAUAACAGACGCAAAUGCUCUGGUUGUUGCUAACAAUUGGUUCAGACCUGAUAAACCUAGGAGAAGAGAACCAAUCAGCUUUUCUUUUGCCGGAAGAGCAUACCUUAUGAGUCUCCAAGCGAAGGUUUGGAUUUUGGGGAUCAUUUGUUUGGAUGCCCAAAUGGCUCGAAGAAUGGAGAUCUCUUGCACAAAAGGAAGCUGUCUGAUGGGAAUAGACUUCCUGCACUAAAAUCUUAUAAGCACUUUUAGAGGAACAAAGACCUCGAGAUUUAUGCUUCCAGCAUAAAAAAUCUUGGUCUUCAGACUGAAAAAUAGAAGUGUUAAGAAUAGAGACAGCAGCUUGAGGGCUAAAGAGGAGGCGGAUAAGAUUUGCAUCCCAAGUUUUAGUACUUGUACACCAAAGAUCCUUCAAUACCGAGGGAUGAACAAAUCCAGGUUGCUGAACAUUCAGGUCAUCUAUAUUAUCACACCAAGGCAUGCUCCAAACUGAAAUAUUACCAUCCAUAAUUUGUUAAAAGCAGGAGUUUCCCAUAAGAUGCCAUACCUUGAGGAUGGAAACCGAGAAAGGACUUGACUUCUACUUCCUCCGUUCCAUAUUAAGUGACUCAAAUUUGUCCAAAUAUGAAUUAAUAUAGGACGGAGAGAGUAUAUGGUAGUCUGUGGUUGGUACUUGGCCUUGAGAGUUGAGAAUGAGAGCCAACAUGUUUUGAGGGCCAUGAACGAUUUCUCGAAGCAGCUAACAGAUGAGGCAACAUUGGUGGUUUGGAUACUCUUGGCACCAAGACCUUCCUCCUGACAGAGAAAUCAUGGAUCUGAAUUCAUGGUUGAAUAAGAUAAAUUUAUUUUAACAUUUGUUUUUCUUUAGUGUAUAAAAACAAUUGCUUGACUAUUGGAGCAUUUUAAAACCUUAACU